GAGGAGACAGAGAGAGGUGCCCAGAAAUUUGAAGCCCCUGAUUGUGACACGGGCAGGUAAAUGAAGAUGAAGCACUCUUUUGAACGCGUUUUUCUCUCUGCCCUCAUUGACUAGUCUGAGUGUGAACUCAACCGCUUAAAACGACCUCACCAUUCUUUAAACUUGUCUUAUUCGUAGACUCCUUCAACUCUCUUUUUUUCCUUUUCACUAUUUCAACCGCAAUGCCCCACUUCACUUCCAAACCAUGAUCAGGACUCUGGACGUUUCCCUUGCCAUUUUUUUAAUCUUCAUUACCAUGCACUCAGGUUUUCCAGUGUUUCUUUCUGAUUUGCCUCUCAUACACGGUUUAACAGGCCUACAAAACCAAAGCAAAAUUCAGAUGGAGAAGGGCAGUUCUGAAUCAAUUUAGAGACUAUAAAGACUCGAGAAGUUAAGUCUUUGUGAUUGUUUCAAAAGCAUGAAAUUGGUCUCAACUCCCCAAGUGUCAGAUAUGCAUGUCUCACAUAGUUUCCCACCCCAAUAGGUCCUUUUUCAUGGAGUAUUUCAUAGUUAUUUCUAAUUCAACACACGUAUCAAGCGCUUCGAGUUGGUCUUAUUUUGGGAAGAGUGUAAAAACAAGGCACCAAGGAGAGUGCCCCACUUCGUUCAAUUGUGGAUAUCUCGGCAAUAUCGGUUUCCCUUUUACUAUAACACAACGCCCUCACUGUGGCUUAUUUCCCAUUCCAAAUUGUGAUGAUCGUGAUCUACAUAAGCCCAAAUUUAUCCAACUAGACAAUCAACGAAAACCGUUUUUGCUUUUUCAAGUUCUUCCGCCUAUUUCUGAUACUACUACAACUUUGCAUUUAAGAGACAACACUCUCUAUGAACUUCUUCAAAACAGAAGUUGUGAAGCUUUCACAAACAAUUAUACUCUUCCUGGCGCCUCUCAAUUUGCUGCUUUUAGUCUACAAUACAGUGCAACCCUGUUCAGGUGCAAACGUACCCGCCAUGUCAAACCUGCAACAAAAAUGAAAAAUUAUAAGUGUGAUGACCGUGACUACGAUCUCUACUACGGGCCUGAAUUGACCGCCGAUGAUCCGUCUUUGAGUUCUUCUACUGCAUGUACAAAGGUGCUCCUUCCAAUUAAAGAUGUGCCAGAUGCUAAAGACCCAUUUACUUUCGUGGCUGCUGAUUUGUUCAUGGAAGUAAAAUUAACUAUUGAAUGUGUAAAUUGUCACUAUCAACGAGGGGGGCAGUGUCAACUUGACAGCAAACAGAACUUUUGUUGUGCCAAUGCUAGGGAGUUGAGUUCGAAGCUCAAGUUGGCUAUAGGUUUAGGAAUUGGAAUCCCAGGCAUUUUGAUAAUUGUGUUACUGUUUCUCUUUCUACUCUACAAACGGAAACAUGUUACCUCAGGUGGACACUUGGAAUCAAGAGAUGCUUAUUCUGAUUCCUCCUUAAAUUCUCAUCGAGAAAGUAGUAGUGUGUACUUUGGAGUCCCACUCUUCACGUAUGGGGAACUUAAAGAAGCAACCCACAAUUUUGACCAUACUAAAGAACUUGGAGAUGGAGGCUUUGGCACUGUCUACUAUGGGAAACUCCCAGAUGGACGUGAAGUUGCUAUCAAGCGCUUAUAUGAGCACGACUACAGGCGAGUAGAACGGUUCAUGAAUGAAGUUGAGAUCCUCACACGUUUGCGUCACAAAAAUCUUGUGUCCCUCUAUGGUUGCACUUCACGGCGCAGCCGUGAACUACUGCUUGUGUAUGAAUAUGUUUCAAAUGGCACCGUUGCUUGUCAUCUCCAUGGUGGAUUAUCAAAGCCUGGCUUACUACCGUGGUCUAUACGAAUCAAAAUUGCCAUUGAGACUGCUAGUGCAUUGGCUUAUCUCCAUGCUUCUGACAUCAUUCACCGUGACGUGAAAAGUAGCAACAUUCUCGUUGACAACAAUUUUGGUGUAAAAGUAGCAGAUUUUGGGCUUUCAAGACUAUUUCCCAAUGAUGCCACUCAUGUCUCCACAGCUCCACAAGGGUCUCCAGGUUACCUUGACCCGGAAUACUACCAAUGCUACCAACUUACUAGUAAGAGUGAUGUAUAUAGUUUUGGGGUUGUGCUGAUUGAGUUGAUAACAUCCAAGCCUGCAGUUGAUAUGAACAGGAGUAAGGAUGAUAUUAACUUGUCAAAUCUAGCCAUAAAGAAGAUUCAAGAGAGUGCAAUUGGUGAGCUGGUUGAUCCAAGUCUUGGUUUUGAUUCAGACAGCGAGGUUAUGAGGAUGAUAGUUUCAGUGGCAGGAUUGGCUUUUCAGUGUUUGCAAAGGGACAAGGAAUUGAGACCUUCCAUGGAUGAAGUGUUGCUUGAACUGAGGAGAAUUGAGGGUAGGAAAGAUGAGGUAGAGUUCGUAGAGGAGGCAGAUGUUGGUGGUGUUGGAGUUUCACACAGUAAUGUGCAUUCACCACCACCACCAACACCAACCUCACCCGAGUGGGAUGAAGUUGGAUUAUUGAAGAAUAUGAGGCUUCCUACUUCCCCAAAUACCGUCACAGAUAAUUGGGAAAGUAAAUGUACUACGCCUAAUGUCAGUGGUUAAUCACAUUGGUCUACUAUUAUUAGUUCUUCAUAAUCCUUUUUACCAUAUCAACUUUCACCACUCGUUGCCAAUUCAGUCUAAGUAUCAUUAUCGUCCCAUUCCCUUGUAUACUUGUGAAUACUAUCAGUAAAUUAUCUUAUACGCCACAUUGUAGUUGAGAAAUGACUUUUCCUGAGGGUACGUCAGUAUAUGUCAAUACUAGGAAAGCUUAGAAAGUUGUUGAGUUGACACAAAAUGUUAAUACAUUUUUCAAUACAAUUUUUUU